CUAAUUCCUUCGCCCUCUCGUUCGCCCUCUCCAGCGCCUCCGCGUCCGUCGUCGACCGCGGAGGGGAAGAUGCCGCGACGCGCGCUGGCGGUGAAGACGGCGACGCUCGUCGCGGCGCUGAGCGCGCUGCCGAUGGAUAAGCGCGCGCUCGCCGAGGGUUCGAUCGAGAGCUCGUACUGGGAGCAAGUGGAGCUGCCGCUGGAGCCGGGAGUGAUUCUGCUGGACAUCGCGUUCAGUUCGAACGAUCCCAAGCACGGGUUCUUGCUCGGGACGAGGCAGACGGUGCUCGAGACGAAGGACGGAGGGAAGACGUGGGACGUGCGCGACUUGAGCGGAUUGUUGGACGACGACGUGAAUUAUCGCUUUAAUAGCGUGUCGUUUUGCGGCGACGAGGGAUGGAUCAUCGGUAAGCCGGCGGUGUUGUUGCACACGACCGAUGGUGGCGCGAACUGGGAGCGCGUCGGGUUGAGCCCGCGACUUCCGGGGGCGCCGGUGUUGAUCACGGCGGUGCAAGAUAACGGCACGGCUGAGAUGGUGACGGACGAGGGGGCGAUUUACUUCACCAAGGACGCGGCGCGCAACUGGAAGGCUGCGGUCGAGGAGACCGUCUCCGCGACGUUGAACCGCACGGUGAGCUCUGGUAUCACCGGCGCUUCGUAUUACACGGGCACGUUCUCCACGAUCUCGCGCAACGACAACGGCGAGUACCUCGGUUUAAGCUCUCGCGGGAACUUUUACAUGUCUUGGGCGCCGGGUCAGGCGUACUGGCAACCGCACAACAGAACGUCCGCGCGUCGGGUGCAAAGCAUGGGCUGGCGCCCGGAUGGCGGGAUUUGGGAGCUUACCCGCGGCGGUGGCAUCUUCUUCUCCGCCGAAACCGGCCUCCCGGAGGAGGAUUCUGAAUUCAACGAAGGUAGAAUCGGCUCUCGCGGCUUUGGUCUGCUCGACUUGGGUUACACCCCGAGCGGCAAGACGUUCUGGACCGUGGGUGGCUCUGGAAGCGUGUUUUACUCUACCGACGCCGGUAAGUCAUGGAAGCGCGACCGCGGCACGGACAACGUCGCGGCGAACCUCUACAACGUCAAGUUCCAAAGCGAAGAUCAAGGAUUUAUUCUCGGCAACGACGGUAUUCUCUUGCGUUUCACCGGCGCCAAGUUGUAACGGGCUGCCACAAUUGAGCAGCACCCCGCGUCGCGCGUGAAAUUGCAU